UUCUGUUUAGAACCUGCACUCGCACCGGGAGCCAUGUGGUCAGCUGAUGAAAUUGCUGAGCUAUGUUACCUGCAUUAUAGGACGAGACUACCUAAGCAGGGGAAGCCAGAUCCAAAGAGGGAAUGGACUUCACUGGCAGCUAUUGUCAAAGUGGAGUCUGCAACCCAGAGAGAGCUUCUUGCUAGUCCAGGGAACCUGCAGGUAACAAAGGAAGUUGUUGCUAUGGGAACCGGAACAAAAUGUAUUGGCCAAAACAAAAUGAGAAAAACUGGAGACAUUCUGAAUGACAGUCAUGCUGAAAUUGUGGCCAAGAGGAGCUUCCAGAGGUAUCUCCUCCAUCAGAUGUGGCUGGCAGCUUCCCAUCAGCAAUGCAGUAUCUUUAUUCCAGGAACUGAAACUGGGAAAUGGAAACUCAAACCAAAUAUCAUAUUUGUUUUCUUCUCCAGUCAUACCCCAUGUGGAGAUGCUUCUAUUAUUCCAAUUGGUGAACCAGAGAACCAGCUUUCUAAGCCAGUAACUGGAAAUGAUGCCGCUGGACAAUCAGCAGAGUGUAGAAAUAACCAUGAUCACUUGGGUCCAGAAGGAAAAAGGAAAUCUGAGAAAAUAGCAUGUAAUCAUAUAAUCAAGAGAAUGAAAACUGACGAUGACGGUUACUCUUCCGUAAUCACUGAAGAACUGGCUGUGAAACAAGAAGACUACAAAGAUCCAAAGAGCUGUGAAUGCUCUGCAGAGAUGCAAACAGCUAAUAAGGAGACUGUCUUAGGGAGACUGAAGGUAGUGGAUGUUUACAGAACUGGAGCAAAAUGCGUACCUGGAGAGCUGGGUGAUGCCCGAAUACCUGGGGUAGGGUAUCACCGUGUGGGAUUAUUACGAGUGAAGCCAGGUCGUGGGGACAGAACAUGCUCUAUGUCCUGCAGUGAUAAACUGGCUCGCUGGAACGUGUUAGGGUGUCAAGGAGCUCUUCUCAUGCAUUUCCUGCAGUAUCCAUUGUAUCUGUCCGCAAUUAUAGUGGGGAAGUGUCCAUAUAGCCAAGAAGCUAUGAGGAGAGCAAUUAUUGAAAGGUGUCAGCACAUCUCGUUUUUACCAGAUGGUUUUCUUGCUCAGGAGGUUAAGCUGCUGCAGUCGGAUCUUCGAUUUGAACAUAGCCGUCAGGCAAUUCAGGAAGUUCAAGCUAACAGCAAGACAAAACUUGUUCCUUGUAGUGCAGCUAUCAGUUGGAGUGCAGUCCCUGAGCAACCUCUGGAUGUCACCUCAGAUGGCUUCCGGCAGGGAACAACAAAGAAGGGGAUUGGGAGCCAUCAGAGCAGAUCCAAGAUCUGUAAAGUGGAACUCUUCCACGCAUUCCAAAAGCUGGUGACAAGUAUUUCACAAGAGGAUCUACCAGACACUCUCCGGAUGAAGACUCUAGAAACCUACCAGGACUACAAGGAAGCUGCAUUAAAUUACCAAGAAGCCUGGAAAGUGCUGCGUAGCCAAGCCCUGCUGGGUUGGGUCAAGAAUGACAAGGAAUACCUGCACUUCACAUGAGAAUACACAUGGCUGCGUAAAUCCAGCAAUAAGCCCUGGUGCACAGCAGAUACCUCUGCGGUUCAAGGGCCAGGAAAAGAUGUCCUCUAGUUCCUGUGCUAAUAAGGAGGGAGGGGUGAAAAGGAAAGCAAUCUAGAGAAGUCUCUUUUGGUUGAGUUGAAGCCCCCUUUUUAUUGUAAUAUAGAAAAGGAUAAUUGCAGACCUCAAGUUCUGGGCUGCAUGAAACAAUAUGCCUCCAAAAGAAAGGAAGCAGUGAUGUGCCAUCCUCUGUUACCUGAGGAUGUGAUCUGUCAGCCUUAGUCCAUUGCAGGGGAAGUAAUGUCAACUGAAAUUGAAGCAGUGCUAUGGAAGAAAGGGUGUCAUUGUAAAAUUUUAGUGCUGCUUUUUUCUUCUACUCUUCAUAAUGUUAUGGUUGGUUUUGUGUUGCUGGGACAACCCUAAUGUAUAGUAAGUAACAUUUUUAUAACUCUUGGCUCUCCUUGUCUGGUGCCUGGAACAAUUUUCUGUAUCCCCAAGCCCCAUUGCUUCUAACUGGAAGUACUAGUUCUGCUAAAGAGCCUUUUUUUUCUGGGAAUCCUUCAUAUAAGCUUCUAUUUACCAAAUAUAGCCAAAGCAGAAGCAAAAGAGUGCUGGGGAGAAGCCUGUGUCACAUAAUACCACUUAAUGAUAUCCUGUGCAUCUCUCUUCAUUUCAGGACUUGGCCAGAUACCCCUUCAACUGCUUUGCUUAUGUGGGCAGGGAAGACAUCUCCUGAAUGACCUGGUUCAAACCUGUCAAUCCUGUGUAAUUCCAGGCAAACAUUUACCUACUUUUCAGUGUUUCAAGCCCUGUCCCCCCACCCCCACCCCGUGAUACAUGGUUAAGUAAAAGAAGGGAUGCCUUAGCCAUUUAUGUCAUUGUUUCCUGGCAAGUAUUCAUUACUAACCUGGCAAAGGGGGAGAUGCCUGGAGUGGGGGGGGCAGGACUGGGAGUAGUCUCUGGCAGUCUUUGCCUUUGCUUUAUUACCAAAUAACAUCUGCAUGGCAAAGCAGUCAACAUUGUAAGCUGAGGGGAAGCAGGGGUAAUCCUCCUUAAACUUUCUGUCCCAAUUAUUGCCUUCUGUGAGCAAGGUCAGGACUGGGUAACUUACUGAGCGAACUCCUCUUUUUUACUUUUUCUCUUGUAAACUACAGUUCGUAAAAUUCAAUCCAAAAAUAUUGGGACAACGCAAUGGCAGGAUGAAAGAAGUGGAUAAUUUAGAACUUAAGAAUUUGUUAGUGAUUUGAGUUUUCUGUUCUUUGAUAUCUUACUAUAGUUUUGGAUUUGAAAAAUUGGCACAGCGGUUCUCCAAGCAGUGUUUACAGUCAACCUACAGAGCUACACAUGGGACUGAACAGUACCUAUCACAUUGCAGUCUGAGAAUUGAUUACAGCAAAUCCUUUUACUUCACACAUGGGUUACUUGUCAAAUAAGAAUAGUUCUGUCUUACAACAAGUAAUAACAAAGAAAUAAUGAAGAAAUAACAAAGAACUUGAGUUCUGUGUGUAUAAGCCUGUCCUCUCAAAUCCAGCGCUAACGUGCAGAAAGACCAGUUGUAUUGGUGAGGGGGAAGUUACUGCAUGUGUUUGUAGGGGGCGGGAGAUUAUGGAGAAGGGUGACUUGCAUUAGUCAUCGGAGGAUGAAAAAUGGCCAGGUGCCAUUGCGGAUGGGCUACAGGGUGAACUGCUGAAGAGAAAUGGUAGCAGUUCUUGUAACUGAGUAAAUAGCAUUCCAAGGGUGGAGUCCUGUAGUGCACCUAAAGAGAGAACCAGUAAAUUUCCAGGCUCCUGAAAUUUACCUUUGUCCUUCCCUGAAAUCUUGCAGAAACUAUACCUUGGUGUAUCUAGUUUCCCUUUGUUAAUCAACAAGGUCUGUAGCGAACCUGCUGACCAGACUGGAAUGUUCCCAUUUCCGAUCCAGCUGCAAUACUAAAAUGAGUUACAUAAGGCUAGUUGUUCUGCAGUCUUUGCAUCAGACUAGUUCUCAGAUGAGCAGUCACAUGAUGUAAAUUCUUUUAACUCUUUCCUGAAAUUUGAGCCUGGCUGUUAGGAGAGAGAGUUCCUGGUACAAUUUUCCUGUGCAUUUGUAAAAUACUUGUGAACUGUAGACUGCUGCUUUCUGCUACUUGUCAGGUCUAAAAGUAGUUUUGGAGGUGCUGAACACUGAUACUAACCUCACUUUUUGGAUGGAGUUGAGGACAUAUUUAAACCUAGAGUGAGUCAAUUAAUGUGUGAAGAGAGGGAAGGGGCUAAAACAAAGCAGCAUUUGAAAGGCUGAGAGCAGCCUGCAGAAUUUUAUACUCCACUGGAUUGAAAAUAAGUAUUUAAAUGCUGCAUCUGUUUAAUUCCAAAAUGUUAGGAAAUGCUGUAGGCACUACCAAGAAACCAAUCUAAAAAUCAGAAGGGAAAAACGCAGAGAGAAGAGAUAACACAGUCUUUGCUUUUGGAAGAGGUAGCAAACUAAACUUUCGUCAUUGUCAGCAGACCUUUGGAAGAAUUGCUCCUGGAAGGUAGCAGUUGACACGUUGCAAGCUUGUAUCACUCCUUUCCACUGGAAUUGCUGACACACUGAAAAAAGAGGUAGGCAAGGUGUAGGGGGGAUGGUGGAAUGCAGAGACUGUCACAGGGGAGCAGGGGGUGGGGGUGAAGUAGGGGGAAUGAAGUGCCCACAGCUGAUGGUUAAUGAGGAUGACCAAUCGAUUAGUAAUGGGAGCAGCAGAGCAUAAGAGGGCACCAAGAUUCCCAAGGCGUGUGUACAGUACUCUACAGAGCAUAUUUGUACUACCCAGAUAGGUCCUUGACUUUCCCAAACUAGUAUGGGAACCAAUGGUCCCUAUUUGCCAGAACAAAGAAACUGUAAUCCUUAUUUUGAGUGGGAUGUCUUUAACAGCUUCACUGCUGCAGAAAUUCUGGUUUCAAUCACAGUAAUAAGAAGGCAGGGCAGACCUGCUUAUCUUUAAGGAAGUCAAAACCAGAGCAUAGAAACAAGGGGUUUUUUUUGUCCAAGUGCAGAAGCAAACAGUCUGAGCUGGAGGCUGCAGUUCCAUGGGACAACACGCUAGCAUCCCAUUCCCUUUGAAAAAGCAAAGUUUUGAGCUUCACACUGUUCUUCCGCUGCUCACCUUGCACAGGCUAGAGCGCUUACUGAUCUUGGUACGUUCAGAGUAAACUGAAAACUAUCAAAUUACUGUCUUUGUAGAAAUACAACCCAUGAGCCCAAAACAAGGUGUAGCUUUUCACUAGGAGUUAAAUCAGCUUUGCAGUAAGCCCAGUAAGCACUAGAAGAAAGGAAGAGCUAGGGCUUCACUGCUGAGGGCAGAGGCGGUGGAGCCAGGCUUCCUUUUGCUUGUUAUGAACUAGGAGCUGGUUGUGAAACCAGACCUGGAGAAAAUGCUUGAGGCAUGAGUAUGGAAAUGAAGUGUGAAUUACUUCUGGGGAGCUACUGUUGGUAAGGAGGAAAGAAAGGUGUUGGUGUAGAAUUGGGAGCCAAAUGUAGUUCAGUAUCCCUGCUCCUGCAGGGGGUUGGACUGGAUGGGCUCUAGGGGGCCCUUCCAACCCAAAACAUUCUAUGGUAAGAGGGUUGCAGCAGUAGUUUAUAGGUGAAAGCAAAAUAAUUUUUGAGGAAAGACCAUCUAAAUUCAUCUAGUACUGGUUUAGUUAUAUGAGAGAUGACACUUCAAGUUAGCUUAAAGAUAGGUGAUGUAGAAGUGUGGCUGUCGGAAUAGUGAGGUAUUUCAUUUUCUGUUCAGCGUCUAAACUGAAAUGCCUUCCCAGUCUUGAAGGGUUAAUAGAAAGUGAAGAUCAUAUGGAACCCAAAGGCUUUUAAUCAUUUUAAGAGUGACUGUACUGUCUAAAGGGAUGUAUUUCAUCUGUGCAUUGCAGAAGGAAGUUUCUUGAUGUUUUAUUGCCAUUUUAAGUGCAUCUGCAGAUGAAAAGUAAAGUCACUGCUGUAGAACAUUCAUCCUUGCGUUCUCUGGAAUUUCUUGUGUACCUGGGCUCCUAAAUCAAAGCUAAUAAUUACAGAGAGUAGUUAGGUGGCUUUUUUUUUUUUUGAGAGGCUUAUAAAGGGUAUUCCAAAAGUCACCUCGAUUGUAACAGUAGGAAUAAAACUUCAUCCCCUUGUUUUGUUUAGAUAUACUAUGUGCUAGCACGUAAUUAGCUUUAUCUAGCAGUUGUAAGUUACAUUUCUUACUCUCUUGUUAACAGCUAGCAAAAAAUAGGACAUGAUGACCAUAGACAAACCGUGAAGUUUCAGCUUAAAGGGAACAGAACGUUUUCCAGUAAUAAAAAAACCACAGAUGAAACCACUUUUCUUUAUUCUCAAUCAAAAAAAACCAUUAAGAGCAAACAUCAGUACUAAAUGUGUGGAAAGGCAGGGGUGGAAAGAAUUCCCGAUGGAAGCAGCAACAGAAUGUUUACUAGAGCAGUGCUAUACAUUGCAGUGCUAUUCUGAAUAACGGAAGGUUUGCUGAAAUCAACGGCACAUUUUCAGCGCUGUUACUGUGACAAGCCUCAAUAAUAGUGUCAACAUUUCACAGGCUCCUGCCUUCUCAUUCUGAAGCCCUGCCAGUACCUGUGAGUAACUGCGAGCCAAACAUAAUUCUAGGCAUAAGGUGACGUCAUGCGAGUUUGAGUUAGUAUGAAUUUGAUUUAAGCUUGGAAAGUGAUAAAUUUCCACUGUCACUGGAAACAUUUUAAAAACUAAACUCCUCAACACCAUGUAGCAUGAAAAUGAAGUAAAACUUUUAUUAGGAGUCUAAAUUGUAAUUAGUGUUUCCUUGCUGGCUUACAAAGUUCAGAGCAAUGCUACUUUUCCAACCCAGUGUUAUCCUUUAAUAUCAAAGUGUGAACUCCAGUACUGUGCAAUUCUGUCAGGUGGCUUUUCCAACAUCCCCCCGCUCCUCAUUCAGAGGCGUAAGUUUGCCUCUUUGCCUGUAAGUAGAGGUAGCUGUGUAGCUAUGGUAUUUGGAGAGAAGUUGAGAGCCUCAUGAACAACCGUUUUUUUUUGGUUUUGUGGCAAAGCCUCUUUACUUUUACUGUGCUGCAUGCAUGCUUUGGCAAUAGUGCUUAUAAACUGCAGGAACUGAUCUUGAAUUGUCUCCCAUGCAGCAUUUCUGUUCUAGUUGCCUGCCUCAACUAAGUAGAAUCAUAGAAUGCUUUGGGUUGGAAGGGACCUUUAAAGGUCACCUAGUCCAACCCCCCUGCCAUGAGCGGGGACGUAUUCCACUACAUCAGGCUGUUUGAGCCCCAUCCAACCUGACCUUCAAUGUUUCCAGGGAUGGGGCAUCUACCACC